GUUGCUGCCAUUCUCUCCCGGCGGCAGCGAGGACGAGGACGGCAUCUGGGGUUCCAGGCGGUGGCAGCUGCAGGCCAAGUGCCCGGCUCGACGGGAUGGACUGGCCGCACCACCUGCUAUUCCUUCUGACGAUCUCCAUCUUCCUGGGGCUAGGCCAGCCCAGGAACCCCAAAGGCAAGAGGAAGGGGCAAGGGCGGCCUGGGACCCUCGCUCCUGGACCUCAUCAGGUGCCAUUGGACCUGGUGUCACGGGCGAAGCCAUACGCCCGCAUGGAGGAGUACGAGAGGAACCUUGGGGAGAUGGUGGCACAGCUGCGGAACAGCUCCGAGCCGGCCAGGCACAAGUGUGAGGUCAACCUGCAGCUGUGGCUGUCCAACAAGAGGAGCCUGUCUCCCUGGGGCUACAGCAUCAACCACGACCCCAGCCGCAUCCCCGCGGACCUGCCGGAGGCGCGAUGCCUGUGCCUGGGCUGCGUGAACCCCUUCACCAUGCAGGAGGACCGCAGCAUGGUGAGCGUGCCGGUGUUCAGCCAGGUGCCGGUGCGCCGCCGCUUCUGCCCGUCGCCGCCACGCUCCGGGCCCUGCCGCCAGCGCGCGGUCAUGGAGACCAUCGCCGUGGGCUGCACCUGCAUCUUCUGACCCAGAGGGUCCAGAGGCCAGGUCGGCAGCUGGAGACGGCCCUCCCUGCACCCCCGCGCCACGCAAGGCCAAUGAAAAGUAAACGCAGUCUUUUGUAAAGCAAGACUUUUUGGGUUUGCUCUUUGUGGCGUCGAAGCUAAAACCGGGAUGAGAGUAGGAGGUCUCUGGGAGGUAAAUUUCAGAUCAGUAGAAAGAAA